CACGAAUAUACAAAAGUAUCUCACAGUGGAGCAUUAUCAUGUCGCAUAUAGGUUGGGAUAGAUUUUACUUGGGUCUCUGUAUAUCCUGUCAGAUUCCAAAAGAUUGAGCGAAUCACUGCAUAGGAAAUUUAUUUGGAGCUGAGGUUGUUUGAUAAUUGAUACUCCGUGAUUACAAUAAACAUCAGUUUGUUCAGAGACGAUGACCGCAAUUUUUUCAAGCUUCUUUGUGGAUUCCAAAUUGAUGGAUGGCUUCAGAGGCAGUCCCAGAUUUUGUUCUUGGAGAGGUAUUUCUUUGAAGACUUCGUGUUCGAACACUUCCCAUGAUGCCAUUAGCACAGUUCCUGAAAAACAAAUGUUCGUCAAGGCGCUUCCUUGGCAUGUCAAUGAGAAAAAGGGUUCGAGUUUGUACCUUAGGGAAACUAGAGUCCUUGAUGCCUGUGAUGAUGAGUAUGGUGGAGUACUCGUUAAUCCAGAGAGACUACCAUCCAACCCAAACACAUUUACCUCUAUGCUUCGUGAUUCUCUCUCACAUUGGACACUAAAGGGAAAGAAGGGUGUUUGGCUUAAGCUUCCAAUACAAAAAUCUGACUUGGUCCCUGUGGCUGUGAAGGAAGGAUUUGAAUACCAUCACGCGGAAAAAGGGUAUUUGAUGAUGACGUAUUGGAUACCCCAAGGGCCUUCCAUGCUUCCUUCUAAUGCUUCUCACCAAGUUGGAGUUGGGGGUUUUGUGAUCAAUGACAAAAAUGAGGUGCUCGUUGUUCAAGAGAAACACUGCGCUCCAGAGCUUUUUGGCCUUUGGAAAAUACCCACCGGCUGUAUUCUUGAGUCUGAGGAGAUCUAUACCGGAGUUGUGAGAGAAAUAAAGGAGGAAACAGGAAUUGACACUGAAUUUGUGGAAGUUGUAGCUUUUAGGCAUGCUCAUAAUGUGGCGUUUCAGAAAUCCGAUUUGUUCUUUGUCUGUAUGUUAAGGCCUCUUUCGGAACAGAUCAUUGUUGACGAUCAUGAGAUUCACGCUGCACAGUGGAUGCCCCUCGUUGAGUUUGUGGAGCAGCCGAUGAUACAAUCGGACAGCAUGUUCAAGAAAAUAAUUGACAUUUGCUUGGAGCGGCUGAAGAAGCGUUACUGCGGGCUCUCGGUCCAUCAGCUCGUCUCAAAGUUCGAUGGCAGACUAUCGUCAUUGUAUUUCAACACUGUCGAAGAUCCGAAUUCCAACUGUCAGGCUCAUUGAGAGUGCAUAGUGUAACUGUCUAUACACCCCACCUCUUUUGACAUCAAAAAGUGAUGUCAUAAUAUGACACCAAGUACCUACGGUGUUCUGAUCGAAAAAUUUAUGGUUCUUACCCCUGCUAACCGCCAGUAAACCCCCCUCAAACUAAACCCUAAAAAAUUUGUUGAUUUUGGGGGUACAUUGGGGCCGAGGCACGUUGAUGGUUUAACGGGAUGGUCAGGAGGGUUGAAAUCAUCAAUUUUUAUAUCUCUGCCAAUGUCAUCGUAUGACAUUGGCCUUAUGUCAAAACAAGGGAGCAGCCCCUGUACGAUGUAUAUAUGUGUAAAUUCAUCUAUGCUAAUAGAGCUUCAUGGUGCUUGUAUAUGUACAUAAAUGGACAGUUUAGUA